GAGUAGCAUGGUGUGCCCCAUUGGGCCAGUAGGGGGCGGUAAUAGUCAGCCACAAAACAACUACCGGAAAUCUAGGAGAAGAAGAGGGAUGUAUGAGGAAGAGGGGUGUGUCUAGGUCAGUCCGGAGACAUGUCACGACAGAUGGGAGACAGCCAUCGGAGGUUUCUUCAAACCAUGAUGGUCAGUGGUAUUGUUGAUGAACAAGAAGCAAGGACACUCUAUAAGCAUUGCUGUGAAACACACAACACACAGUGUGCCCCUGACAAAUUGGAUGAUUUCAUCGAUACCAUCAACUCAAAGCUGCAGCCCAUGUUUAUGCAGAUCAGGAAAGGGAUGUCUGAAGACAGCGGUCAACAAUACUAUGCUUUGGUAAACAUGUCUGAGACUGAAGUCACCAGAAUGUCGUCAGAUUACGCCGACAACGAACUGGAGCUGUUCAGGAAAACAAUAGAGCUGAUUAUGGGUGCUGAGAACGGUAAGGCCUCCUCCACUGACAUCCUGAACAGCGUCGACUCCAUGACCACAAAAAAGAUGAAGAAGAGUGAGACCGAGCACCUCUUGAACCGGCUCGUGCAUGACAAGUGGCUCUGUGAGAAACGAGGGGAGUACACCUUGUCCACCAGGUGUAUCAUAGAGAUGGAGCCUUACAUCCGCGAAAUGUAUCAGGAUCAGGUCAAAGUGUGCCACAUCUGUCACAACAUCGCUUUCCAGUGCCAAAUUUGUGAGAAUCCUACAUGUGGCAUAAAAAUACACAACCCAUGUGUGGCCAGAUACUUCCAAGGCAGAGCGGAGCCACGGUGUCCAGCCUGUGACGACUUUUGGCCGCAUGAAAUCCCUGAAGUCCGUCGGCCGCAGUCUCAGUCUAGGAGAUGAAGACUUCAGCAUCAACUGUGUCUGUUAACAUUUUAAAAAUAUGUUGAACAUUAAAUUGUAACAAAACAAACUUUAUAUUAAUUUCUUUUACUUCUACUUUGUGCAAAAAUAAACAGUGUGUCACUGAAA